AUGGGACACGGAUCAUGUUCGGAUGCCAUGUUCUCCACAAUAUGUUAUGGUAAAUUAAAAAGAUUUUCAUUUUUGUUUAAUACUCUUUUGUCAUCCAAAAAGAGCAAUGGAAAACCUAUGUGGCCAAUUAUUCAGCAAUCAUUAGUUCGCCUUCAACAAUUAAGUGCUGCCCGUAGUGUUACUUAUCGCGAUCUAGAAGGUGGAGGUGUUUUAGGCUCUGGUUGUGUACAAGAAGAAAUUCGUUUUAGUAUUUGUCCUGAAAUGCUUGUUAGUUUACUUGUUUGUGAAAUGAUGAAGCCGGACGAAUGUAUAUUUCUUAUUGGUUGUGAACGAUAUUCAUCAUACAAAGGUUAUGCAAACAAUUUUGAAUUCGAUAAUGAUUAUAGAGAUGACACACCCAAAGAUAAUUGGGGUCGAAAAUGGUGCCACCUUGUGGCUAUGGACGCUAUUUAUUUUCGUAAUCCAUCAAUCCAAUACGAUAUGAAAUAUAUAAAUCGUGAAUUGAUCAAAGCAUACACAUGUUUUCGUCUUAGAAAAGUGGCAACGAUACACCAGACCUUGUUUGGUAUUGCCACCGGAAACUGGGGUUGUGGUGCAUUCAAUGGUGAUAAACAACUGAAAGAUGAAGAUUGA